AUGCCGGUUAAUUCUGCUAGGUUGACUGAUGCUGAGGUGCGGGCAUCUCUGGCCCAGAUGGAACAGGCCAUCACUAUGCAGGGCCAGGCCAUGACUGACCAGGUCAACCGGCAGAAUAUUCAGAGGGAGAACCCACCAGUUUGUAGCAUGGAUGACAGGCUACGAGACUUCACGAGGAUGAAUCCUCCUAUUUUCACAGGGUCCAAGACUUCAGAAGAUCCCCAGGAUUUUGUGGACGAGGUACAUAAGAUUUUGGUGGCCAUGGGGGCCACGGAUACAGAGAAAGCUGAGGAUGAGAUGAGCAAGUUCUUCACAAGAAUCACCGUAAAUCUGGAGGAGGAGUGUCGGUCUGCGAUGCUCCACGAUAAAAUGGACCUUUCCAAGUUGAUGGUGCAUGUCCCACAGGUAGAUGACAGCCGGAAGAAGAGGGGUGUCCGUGAUGCUAGGAGGUUUAAGCCUUAUGAUCAGGCAGGUCCUAGCAAUGGGGGCAACAGGAACAACUUUGGCAUCCGUGAGCAUCCCAGAUUAAAAAAGGGGCAACAGAGUUCAGGGAACUCUAACUUUCAGAGGAAUACAGCAGCUAGAGGAGGCAGACUCGAGCCCAAGAAAGGCAAUGGAGGUGAUAUGCAGCAUCCCUGA